AACGUUUUUUUUAAAGAACAAAUAUAUUUUCUUCCUGCAACGCGACUGAUAACGAGCCUUGCAUAGUGACUGGAUGCGGAGAUUCACGUAGGCUGGACGUCAGCGAACGCUACCCUAUGUCAACGGAACUUACAGGCUGUAGUAUUUUUUUGACCUAAUCUGCGUUCACGUGAGCCUGUGUAGACGACCACAUAGCAUCGUUAGCCUGUGCGUUUUCUCACCGGAACACUUUUAAUACAGUAAUGUCGUGUGUAUACGCGGUUUGUUAGCCACUCGUCCUCUGCUGACGACAGUUGUUUACUUGUUUGUUUGGUGAUGAAACGCUCCCUCAGAGUUAUAACAGGUGUCUUCAAAUCGUCACCGACUGUUUGUCAUCUGAAGCCAAAACACUCAUGUGUUCCGCUGUGCACCUCGUCCACACAGGGGGACAGCAUGUGUAAUGGGACGCACAACAAAAAGGCGCUGCUGUCCGACACUCAGCUCUUUGACGACCAGUUUGAGGAGCUGCUGACGGAGCUAACAGAGCGGGACUUAACUGAUCCAGUGCUGGGUGACGCUCUGAGAAGACUUCGAGAGGUUUUGGAGUACAAUGCACCUGGAGGUAAGAGGAACCGGGGCCUGUCUGUGAUUGGCUCGCUGAGGGAGCUGCUCCCACCUUCUCAGCUCACACAGGACAUCGUGCAGAGGGCUCUCAUAGUCGGGUGGUGCAUUGAGUUGCUUCAGGCGUUUUUCCUUGUGGCUGAUGACAUCAUGGAUUCAUCUGUAACUCGGAGAGGGCAGCCCUGCUGGUACAAGAAGGAGAGAAUCGGUCUGGAUGCCAUCAAUGAUUCAUUUCUUCUAGAAGCAUCCAUCUACAGGCUUCUCCGCAAACACUGCAGAGAUCAGCCCUACUACAUCCACCUGCUGGAGCUGUUCACUGAGACGUCUUUCCAGACGAUGCUGGGCCAAGCUCUGGACCUCAUGACUGCCCCUCCUGGUCAUAUUGACCUCAACAGAUUCACAACGGAGAGGUAUAAAGCUAUUGUCAAGUACAAGACCGCCUUCUACUCCUUUUACCUUCCAGUGGCAGCUGCGAUGUACAUGGCAGGAAUAAACAGUGACGAGGAACACAAUCACGCCAAACACAUCUUACUUGAGAUGGGGGAAUUUUUUCAAAUACAGGACGACUACCUGGACUGUUACGGUGACCCUGCUGUUACAGGAAAGAUUGGUACAGAUAUACAGGAUAACAAAUGCAGCUGGUUGGUGGUGACAGCUCUGGAGGUCAUGACCCCUGGACAGAGAGCAGAGCUGGAGGCAUGUUAUGGACGUCACAGUGAAGAGAGCAUAGAAAAAGUCAAAGCGCUGUACAACACACUACAAAUGCCCACACUUUACCAGACCUAUGAAGAAGAGAGCUACCAGAGGCUGCAGAAACUCAUCAACGGCCACGCACAGAACCUUCCUCAUUCUGUUUUCCUUAACUUUGCCAAAAAAAUCUACAAGAGGAACAAGUGAGAGGGAAACAUCUUCUGACAUUACAUGAUAUCUUAGUAGAUCACAUAAAACCACGAGAGGAGCACAACCCUGUUCUAAAUCCAACUGGACUGUGAUUUUUUUAAAAGAAUCUCAGAGACUGAUAUGUAGGCACUUGGAUGUGCAAGUCAUCCCACGACAAGAUUAAUCUAGUUUUAUUUAUUAAGUGCAUAUACUUGGCAAAAGCAUGUGUAUCAUAUGUAUCUGUCGUGUGAAACGCAUGGCAGGGAGAAAAUCCUAUCAACUCAACUGUUUUGUAAAGAUGGGUUUAGUCUAUUUUAACUCAUGACAGAUAAUGGUGAAGCCCAGUUAGUUCCGUUUGAAUUCUCAAUAAAAAAAUUAAAUAAAUUUA